AUGGAUGAGAAGGAUGAGAGUCCUUAUGCGGCCCACAAAGGUGCUAAGGAUGAGAGGAUGAGAGUCCUUAUGCGGUUGCUUCGCAAAUACAUGGUGUCUAAGAAGAUUGACAAGCACAUGUACCAUGACAUGUACAUGAAGGUAAAAGGUAAUGUCUUCAAGAACAAGCAUGUGCUAAUGGAGAGUAUUCGCAAUACAAAGGUUGAAAAGACUAGGGAGAAGACUUUGUCGGACCAAUUUGAAGCUAGGAGGACAAAGAACAAAGCAAGUAGGGAAAGAAAGUUUGCAAGGAGGGAGGAGCGUUUGGCUAAGGGACCAGGGGAGAGGCCAGUACAACUUGCAGUAGCGGCUGCGGCCACCACCCAAGCCUAG